GUUGUGAAGAACCUUGAGACGACAUGUGUUGUGAAUUGGUGCUAUAUAAAUAAAACUGAAUUGAAUUGAAUUAAAUAAGAUACAUGUAAUUAUGACUUUUGAAUAGAUACAAAGUUAUAAUUAUCUAUUACAAUAAUUAUUAGAGGUAAUAAGAUAAGUCAAAGUAAUGACACAAAAUCAGAUUCAACUCGUAAUUAUGACUUUCAAUGUUUGUACCUCAUAACGAUGAAGAACCAUAUAAAAUAAAUGUUUUCCUUCUAAAGUUCAGAAAUGAGUUUCUAAAAUUUCUGCUGUGGAAAAGAUGGAAAACUUUACACGGAGUUCGGCUCUAAGGUGUUUGAAUCCUGCUGAUGAAGCUCCUGGUUUGAUCUGUUUCAGCUGCACACUGUUGAAAGUUAUUGGCGUCUUUGUUAUCCAAUAGAAACACAGCUUUAUGCAUCCUCGCUGGACACCCAGCCAAUAGGCGCGCAGUGGGCGGAGCUUCGUGUCCGGCAACGUAAGCGUUGUUUGUAGGAAGAAGAAGCCGAUUCUGGAAGCCAUUACGCUGCGCUCAGAAAGUGAGUAAAUCCUACUAUUUUUGCGUACAUUACGCACAUUUACCUUUGUUAGGAGAUUCUCCUGUAGGUAUGGCUUCGGCCGCCAAAAAGAGGAAGAUGAAUUUCUCGGAGCGGGAGGUGGAGAUCAUCGUGGAGGAAAUAGAGAAACAGAAGCAGACUCUGGUGAGCCACUUCAACGCUGGAGUCACACACAUGGCCAAGAACAACGCCUGGAUGGACAUCCUGAAGAAGGUGAACGCAGUCACCACCUGCCCCAGAGAGCUGCCCGAGGUCAAGAAGAAGUGGUCCGACAUGAAGACCGAGGUCCGCAGGAAGGUGGCCCAGGCCCGGGCCGCCAUCGAGGGCACGGCCGCAGACUGCGCUCCUAUCCCGGUCAUCCUCACCGCCAUGCAGCAGCGGAUCUGUAACCUGCUGGGAGAAGCCACCAUCAUCAGCUUACCUGCUGGAGACCCGGAGGCGGAGAUCACCUUACCGGUGACGGUGAACGCUGCGACCACCGUCACCCUGACUGAAGCUCUUCCAGGAGCUCCAGGGACCGUUUGUGAGGACACCAAACCAUUGAACACUGAAACUACGUACCACGCCCUGGAGGAUGAAGGUGUGGUGGAGUACUGCACCACCACCGUGGGCGACUCCACUCCCACCGUGGUGGCCGCCGUUGAGGCCCCAGUGGAGAUGCUGCCCUCGUCCUUGGCCUCACCGCCACCACCUCCUCAGCCCAAACCUCAGGAGCUGAAGAGCCGCAUCGCCCUGAACUCUGCCCGCCUGCUGCAGGAGCAGAGGGUCACCAACGUGCACAUCCGACAGAUCGCCCAGCACCUGGAGGGCCAGAACGAGCUGCUGCAGAUGAUGCGGCGCUGCCAGGAGGCCCAGGCGCUGGCUCAGGAGCGGCAGGCCCAGGCGCUGGAAGGAACUCAGGCUGCUCUAUUAGCGCUGGUCCAGAUGCUCCGCCCAGCACUCAAAGACCUGAGGAAGUUCCUUCAAAGCGGAACAGACGGGGCAACAAACAGCAGCUCAGCAACGGGAACAUCAGGAAUGUUAGGAACAUCUGGAGCACUACCUGAUGGAGGAGCAGCAGCUGCUGCUGCAGAAGAAGAACAGAGCAGAUCUAAAACUCCUCCUCCAGCUCCGCAGCAAACCGAUGAGGUGGAGGAGACACAAUGAACUCUGAGAAAAGAGUUCAUUGUGAAGAGAUGCCCUAAUGAGGGAGCUUCAGGUUGUAGGACCUGGAAUGUGUCCCUGGGACUUGAUAUGACAAGAUGUUUUUAUCACUGGAUCCGACUCUUUGUUAAAAGGUGGAACAAACGGUCUGGUUUUACAGACUGAACACCUGAAUUUAUGGAGGGAGAAAGUGGGAACUGUAAUGAGCUGCAGUGCUCCAGAUAAACCAGAAGGUGGCACUGUGUCUAAACAAAUCCCCUAUGUUUUUGUAUUGAAGUGAUGUUUAAAUCAGUACUUCCCAAAGUUUGGGCCACAAAACACCAAAAACUGGUUACUGGAUAAUAAUAUCAUUUUUAUUAAAUAAAAGAUAAAUUCUUGAUCUUA